AAGUGGGCCGUCCCGGGGUUCAGCUGGUCUGGGCUAAUAGCAGCCUGACUGUGCCUCUGAAUCCUCUUUCCAGGCUAGAAACUACAACUACUCUGCUAUACAGAACUCACUUUUAUAUGAUUUGAAGCCCCUGAAAGGCUCUUCGGACUCCCCCGAUGGCUCUACCGAUGGACCCCGUGGAUGAACCCAGGGUGUACCAGCAGACGUUGCUCCAGGACGGUCUGUGCGACCUGCUGGAGAACGACAAGCUGGUCGACUGUGUGCUGAAGAUCAAAGACAAGGAGUUCCCCUGCCACCGGCUGGUCCUGUGUGCCUGCAGCUCGUACUUCCGCACCAUCCUUCUGUCUGACCUGGAGGAGAGCAAAAAGAGAGAGAUCGUCUUGGAGGACGUGGAGCCGGGGGUCAUGGGGCUGAUCCUCAAGUACCUGUACACCUCCAAAAUCAAUGUGACAGAGCAGAACGUCCAGGACAUCUUCGCAGUGGCUAAUAUGUACCAGAUACCUUCAAUUUUCACUGUGUGUGUGUCUUUCCUACAAAAGCGCCUGAGCCUCAGCAACUGCCUAGCUAUCUUCAGGCUCGGCCUGAUGCUGGACUGUCCCAGGUUGGCGGUCUCGGCUCGAAACUUCGCCUGCGAGCGCUUCCAGCUCAUCUCCAGAGAUGAGGACUUCCUCCAGCUGCUGCCCAGUGAGUUGGCAGCCAUCUUGGCGAACGAUAAUCUGAGCGUCGAGACGGAGGAGGCGGUGUUUGAGGCUCUGAUGAACUGGGUGUCCCGCGACGCAGAGAGCAGAGAGAAAGAGCUGCCAGGUUUGCUGGACUGCGUUCGUUUGCGUCUGGUGAGCGAGGAUUACCUGAAGGAGAGAGUGGAGAAACACAAGCUGAUCUCGUCAAACCCCGAGUUGCAGCAGAAGCUCCAGCUGGUCAGGGAUGCUCAUGCCGGGAAAAUGCCAGAAGUUAAAAAAAGCAAAAGCAAGAAGGAGGACGCCGGAGGAGAGAAGGAUGGAGAGAAUGAGGAUAAAGAGGAAGACGAAGGUCUCCUCCCAGGCAUCCUGAAUGACAACCUGCGAUUUGGCAUGUUUGUCCGGAACUUGAUACUGAUGGUGAACGACACGGGCGCUGUGGCCUACGAUCCGACAGAGAACGACUGCUUCGUAGCAUCGCUCUCCACGCAGGUUCCCAAAAACCACAUCAGCCUGGUCACCAAGGAGAACCAGAUCUUUGUGGCUGGAGGAUUAUUCUUUGAUGAACAGAACAAAGAAGAUCCGCUGUCCUCUUAUUUCCUGCAGUAUGACCCAGUCAGCGCUGAUUGGCUGGGGAUGCCUCCUCUCCCGUCUGCCCGCUUCCUGUUUGGGCUGGCCGAGGCCGAGAACUCCAUCUUUGUGUUGGGAGGGAGGGAACUGAAGGAGCAGGAGCACACGCUGGACUCUGUUUUGGUCUACGACAGACAAUCUUUCAAAUGGGGCGAAUCAGAGCCAAUUCCUUACCCAGUCUAUGCACAUGCAACCAUAUCGCACAAUGAUGUUGUUUAUGUGAUCGGAGGAAAGGGAGACGAGAAGAGCUGUCUGAGGAAGAUGUGCGCAUAUGAUGCCAAGAGAUUUGAAUGGAAGGAGCUUGCACCCAUGAAGACUGCACGUUCUUUAUUCGGCGCCACUGUUCAUAAGGACAAAAUCUACGUGGCAGGGGGAGUCACCGACACGGGGCUGACGGCCUCUGUGGAGGUGUACGACAUCGCUGCCAACAAGUGGUCAGACUUCGUAGUGUUUCCCCAGGAGCGUAGCUCUCUGAACCUGGUGUCUUCGGCCGGCUUGCUGUACACUGUAGGAGGUUUCGCCAUGAUGCCUUUGGAGGACAGCGACGAGAUCAUUCCCAAAGAGAUGAACGACAUCUGGAGGUAUGACGAGGCAGAGAGGAAGUGGAACGGGAUCCUCAGAGAGAUCAAGUAUGCUUCAGGGGCCACCGUUCUGGGGGUCCGCCUCAACACCCUGCGUCUCACCAAGAUGUAAAACGCCCUCCAGUCUCUGCUUUAUUAACAGGAACAGCUUGUUAGGAGUCCAAGGAGGUACAGCUGGGCUCUAACAUGCUCAGCUUAAUGUGUUUGGGUUUGUUGUUAUUUUACACAAUGCUAUAGUGGAUAAUUAUAUAGCUAAUUGUAAUUCUGGCUCAACAUUAGGACAGUCUGUUUUGAUCGAAGACAUUUUUAUAUGUGUGUGUUUCAGUGAUUUUAAUCUGAGACUUCAAAACUGUAAGCAAUCUGAUGACAUUUUUUGCACUG